UCGCCAUGGCAAUAGGGGGAAUCGUAUUAGUAGUGCUAAAGGUUCUAGCCACCUUUCUACCGACGGACGGUACAAAGGUGUGGCUACCGACGGUGGACAUAACGCAAGGUGUCAACUGGGAAGCAGGCCACUUUCCCUCUUCCGGCGAUGCGAUCGUUUUCCCCACAAAAUUGAAUGGGUUGAUAGCGCUUCCUCCCAGCCUACUGUCUGUGUCGCAGCUGGUGCUUCCCCAGAACGGUGCACUAUUGCUUCCGGAAGAUUCGUUCAUCUUGAGUUUGGUCUCUCAGCAAGCUGGCAAAACUAGUUCCCGCUCGGUGUUUAAGACGCCACACCGUACGCCCUACUAUCUGGGCAGAAACUGGGCCACGUAUGAUGAUAGUGGCAAGUUGGAUGGAGCAGCUCGUAUAAAUGAAGCAGUGCCACAUAUGGAGCGAGUUCCAUGCCAAUACGAAACUGCCCUCUUUCCGGUGGGUCCCCCAGUAAGCCGCAUCGGCACACCACAGCCGAUCGAUGUGCAAUAUCAUGAGUCGAUCGAGGUGGGUAACAUGAAAAUAGGGGCGGAUGAUGGUAUCGAAGGUAUUGGCAGCUUUCAAAGCUUUCUCAACACUGAGCUGGGUCAGUAUUUGUUCUACAACGCGGACGACACAAUCGUGCGUGAGGGUAAGUGUUCGAAUGCAGAGAAAUGCCCUUGCCAGGAGGAACAUCAGCGUGACGCCAUUUGCUCGAACGAACUACCCUGCCCGUUGCCACACUGCCUCUCGCCGGUACAACCCGCGGGUCACUGUUGUCCAAUGUGUGGCAGUGUGUUCCGCAUGGACAUUGCCAAGUUUCGGGGCACGUUUGAGCUGCAAGCAUUCAUCGAUAAGCUGCGUCGCAAGCUAACUUCCGGCGAGCUGGAUGAUUCGGCCAUCGACUAUCACGUCGGAGUAGAUCGAUCCGGCGGUGGUAACGUGGUGCAGGUGGUAUUCGUCGACCGUGGUGAAUAUGGCGAGAAAAGUCUUCAUUUAAUGGACAGUUUGCGACCAUUUUUUGAAAAACAGUUCACCACCGGUUAUCAAAUACUCCACGCUGGCCAACCGCACGUACCACUGGACGGAGGACAAGUUUUUGGAUUCGUUUUCUUGACCCUUCUGGCGACCACGGUGUUCUUCAGUAUGUUCUAUGUCUACUACUAUGAUGAGACGCUCGUUCCUCGGCUACGAGCCGUCAUCCGUACUCAGGGUUUCUUCACCACGCCCUUCGUGUUUGCGCGCUUCGACCCGCACGGUGAGGCUGACGGGAUUUCGGUGAACGUUAACUUUCAACCCGAGGGAGGAGUGGACCCAGUUCCUGAACACCGAUCAUCGAUCGAGACGGACAUGUUGACGGUGGCGGAAGCCUGUUCAUUCGAUAAUCCCAUGUACGGUAGUACCAGCAAAGUAGACACUGGCAAGGAAGCCUACCAGGAGGUGGAAUUACGUGUCAAGUAGCAGCGAACCUACCUUUCCG